AUGGGUAUACAAUUUUAUAAUAUAAAUAGGACUGCAAAGUCGGAUAAAAACAGUCGUAUCAAGACCACCACCAAGUCAACACUCUGGGUGAAAACAGACGAGAAAAAUAAUUCAAAACAUAGAAAACAUAAAAAACGGUUAACAGCUAAAAAUUUAGCAUUUCUUCGUUCUAUCGUUAACCCCGGCAUAGCUACAAUAUUGAAAGAAUAUUGUUCGUAUACUAAAUCGGGUAUUGCUUCACGUCAGAACGCCGCUUGGGACAGUGAUUUCAAGAAUGCUAAUACAAAUUUUAUUGAAACCGACUCGUUUAACGGAUGUAUAAACUUAAGAGAUUUGUUUGGGUUUUGCGAAGAUUAUAAACGUAUUCUAAUAAACUGUAACCAACAACUCGUGUUGAAUAGAGCAUCGUCGGACAUGAACGCGAUCAAGUUUACUAAGCCUGACACCCCUAAAUUGAGCGAAAUUAAAGUAAAUAUUAAGAAAAUAUUAUGGAGAAUGCCUAUGGUACGAGUAAGCGACAAAGAAAAAAUUAGGUUGAUGAAAGUAAUGAACAGUCAUAAAUCUAUCACGUGCGCGUUUAGAUCGUAGGAGUUGUAUGAGUACCCAUUUUUGCCUCAGAACACAGCACAUUCGUGGAAAGUGAAGACAACAAAUAAGUUAGAAAAACUGCGAUUUGUUAUAAUCGGAUUUCAAACAGAUAAAAAAAAUAGCGAAACUAAACCGAUGUCGUGCUUUGAUAAUUGUCCAGUAAAAAAUCUAAAAGUUUAUUUAAACUCUGAAACAUUCCCCUACGAAGAUUUUCAAAGUGAUUUUACUAAGAAUAAAAUAGCUACGGUAUACCGAGCGUACGCAGAGUUCCAGAAAUCUUACUACGGUCGUGACAUCGUCACGCCGCUAUUAACCCGAUCGGAGUUCAAGACAUAUGCUCCAAUCAUUGUUAUCGAUAUGAGUCGGCAGAAUGACAACUUAAAAACAUCGACUGUGGAUCUUAGGAUUGAAUUCGAAGCAGAAAUAGCAUUUCCACCCUCUACGUCAGCAUACUGUUUAAUUUUACACGACCAAAUUAUAACUUACAAUCCGUUUAACGGUGAAGUACGUGUAUUAUAAUCUUGUUUCUAGAAAUACCUAUUAUAUUGUAUAAAACUUAUUAUAUAACUAUUACCUUGAAUAAAUAAAAUUAGUUUUUUUUUUUAAGUAAAUAAAUUAUGAUUUAUUUCAACAACUAAAUACAUAAAAGGUAUUUUAUAGAAUAGAUUAUUAUUGUUAUUAUUAUUUCAAGUAUUUUAAAUAAUGUGAUAUAUUAUAAUCUUCUUCUUCGUUCGAUGGAUUAAAAAUAAUAAAAAAUUGAUGAAAUGUCAGUGGGUAGUAGAAUAUAUAACAAACCACCAAUUGGUGUAUAUUUAUAUACGCCUAAUAAAAGUCCAUCUAUGGAUUGAAGUGUUAGUCCACUACCCUGACCUUGAUACAUGUCCUGUUCGAAAAGUAAUUUUCGGAAUUUUUCUUCUACUAUGUCUUCAGUUUCUCUUUCGAAAAAUAUAGCUCGAGCGGAUGUUUUAAACGACCUAUCCACAGUAGAAUUAUCUACCUGUGGCUUAUAAUAUGUUGAUUCGAGUUUGAAAUUGAAUUUAAUGGGAUUAUUUACAGAUAUUUUUUUGAGAAUUUGAAUUAUAGAAGAUUUGAGAGAUUGGAGAAAUUUUUUGUAGUUGAAGAUAUUAUUUAAAUUUUUGGCGUAAUACCAAACGAUCUUUCUUGAGUGAGACGAGAGAGAGUUUCUUAUUUUCUACUGACCGAUAAUCGUAAUCAGGGAUGUAUUAAAUAGGAUUAUUAAAUAGGACUAUCGAAUACCGUAUUCGAUACAAUUGUGACAAUUGAGAUAAUCGAAUUAUAUACGUUAUCCUAUGCGUUUCUGUAGAAUAAUGUCAACUAUCGAAUGAUUCGAUUGUCAACGACGCGCGUACAUCAAAAGGUCUCAUCGUAUUGUAAUGGCGUUAUUCUUACGGUCACGUAGAAAACGGAUUGUCCUCAUUUUUGACUCGCGCGGUAUAUUAUCAAACCGAUGUCUUGUAAUAUAAAGCGUAUACAUGUAUAUUAUGUGUGUCAUACCCACUGGUUUUCAACCUUUUUAACAAUGUAGCACACUUAUUUUCCUACAAAAUUUUCGCGGCACACCAAUUCAUAUAAUACGUGAAGCAUAUAUUUUUUUGCGCAUCUAUGCGUAUAAAUACCAAAAGUUGUGCUUGUCCACUUGUGUCAGUUGACUCGUCUAGUUGUAAUGCAAAUAAUGGAGAGUCACGGGAUUGUUGCAAUACUUGUUCUUCAAUAUCUUCAGACAUGUGUUCUAUACGUCUACUAAUGGUGUUGUCAGAUAUUGGAAUUUUUAAUACUUCUUUUUCAGCUUCUUCACCAAAAAGAACUUUUACGAUUUCACGGUAAGCAGGUAAAUUAAUUCAUAUCUUUUGUUCCAUCAAUAAUUAUACCUACAAAAUUUACGUACACGAACUCUAAUUUUAGCGCUUCGUACAUUAAAUCUAUUAAAUAAAAAAAAUUUGCAAUAAGCAUCAAUAUUUCUAUUGACACAACCGAUAUAAGUUUUUUCAACAUUAUGAAGAAUCCGCGGUGGCCACGCUAAAUUAAUAUGGCUACAUUACCACGGAGACGUGACUAAAAGUGGUCUAAAAUAAAAAUAAUCAUCUAGAAAAUAAAUAGCAAAUUAAUAUUUGAGAAAUCUUGCAAUAGCGAAGCAUUGCCGGGUCAGCUAGUAUUUGAUAAUUAUUGUUUUCGAGUACCUAUAUAUAUGAUAAUAUUUGUGUUAACUGUUAAUAUUCGUGUUAACUGAUAAUGAUUACGUGUUAACUGAAAAUGAUUACUGAUAAUGAUUACGAACGCUUACGCGGUAAUAGUAUGUAUAGUGGUGGGUAUGGGGAGAGGUAGUGGCGAGCGGCUUCGCGUCAGCGAUCCACGUAGGUACCUAGACGGAAAAUAAUAUUCGAGAAAUAAUAAUAAAUUCAAAAUAGAGGCGUGGUCAAAAUAGGUCGUCUACUUGGUGGAUGUCAAAAAAAAAAAAUUUGAAAAAAAUAAAUAGAAAUACAAUUUUGAAAUAAUUAUAUGUUCAGAAGUGGGCGUGGUUAAAUAGAUCGAUGAAGAGAUGGACAUAAAAUAUUUAAUUAAAAAUAAAUAAAAAAAUAAAUAGAUCGAUGAAGAGGUUAGGUUAGGUUAGGUUAGUGAUCCUGAUCCUGGCCUAGAACCUCCCUUUUCAUACUAUUGGCAUAUCACUGUCGUAAUUUCGUGACUGUACGAUAUCGACUGUUCCGUGCGCGUGCUCGGCCGCGUAUGGUGUGCAACAGUUGAAUUCCGCAUAGCUGUAAAACAUUAUAUUGUAUCUAAACGCGCGAAUGUACGCGACAUAAACAUUUUACAUGGCGUGGAUUGCCAGUGUUAAAAAAACAAAUCCUUUUAUUAAUAAUAAAAUAAAUAACAAUAAUAUAAUACCCAAACGCAUUAUCUUUCGCCCUUUAAAAUACCCCAUCGUCCGGAUCCGAAUCGAAAUUUACACAAUGUUUUAUCCGAUAUGCGCGUGUAUACAUAUUAUAUAGGUGUAUGCCCGAGUUAUUCGAAAAACGUUACGGGAAAACGCCGUUCCCCCUUUUUCCGCGGCCGGACGGGGACAAAUUACGGUCGCGUAAUACGUUCGCCGCACGUACACGACGACGGCGGCGGAUUGAAAUAACGACGCGGGCAAAACGGUACAAAAGAGAACGCGAAUUUUCGCCGUCAAUAUUAAUAACCGCGGCGACGACGUCGCGAGGGGACGCGAAUAACUGUCGGUUGUAAAUGUUAUUAAUAAUUAAAACGUCUCCCUCCGGGCGAGAAAAUAACGCGCGGCCGAAAAAAUCGGGGACCGCGACACGCUCGGAGGACAUGACCAGAAAAAAAAAAAAAAACCAAUAACCCCGCGAAGACGACGUAUAUUUUAUUAUUUUCUGUAUAGCUUCGACGCCGCGUAAAAAUCAGCGCGACGUCUUUGGGAAUUCGGCGGUGUUUAAUCGAAAUGAUAAUAACACAUAACGUUCGGUGACGUGCGCAGGGGCGAGGGGAGGAGGUUAGUGGUUACAUGCCCUCCGGUUGGCUUGAAAAUACAAAACAAAAAUACGCAAAAAUACAUACAAUCGUUCAGCCAGGUUAGGAGGAAAAGCUCAAUGCAUUAAUUGUAAAUUGGAUUUUUUUAUGGAUUUAGUGUUUCGUGUGACAAGAGAAUUCCAAUGAGAUUUAUUAUAGUUAAGUUUUUCUACAGAAGUGUGAUGAGACUGACUAUGUUGGUAUGGUUCGGAGUUUUAUAAAUGAUAGACAGAAAAACAGAACUAAGAACGAGUGUAUUAGUGAUGAGAAUGCUCAGGUGAAUGAGUGGAGUGACGAUAGAAGAUAGGAUAAGGAAUGUCUAUAUAAAAGGUAGAUUAGGUGUGGCUUGGAUAGUGAGAAAAUAGACGGAGAUGUUUUGGGCGUGCCACGAGGGGAGAGAAAUCAGAAGCAGUAAGAACUGUAAUGAAAACGGAUGUAGGAGGAUAGAGGAGGAGAAGGAGACAGAAAGAAAAAUAGAGGGUUGGAUGCAAUUGAGAAUGAUAUAAUGAGGACGGGUGUACCGGAGGAUGAUAGGCUGUGGGAUCGGUCAACUAGAAGCCUAAGACUAGUGUGACUAACUUCAAAUAGUUGGGAUGAAGAAGAAGAUAUAUUAAAUGUUCGAAAUUCGGAAAAAAACAAGAAUAACAUGUUUCUUUUUUAAAACUCGAAAUAAGCAUAAAUUAAUUAAGUAGGUUAAUAAAAUGCCGGCCAUUGUGAACAACAUUAAUUAACGCGAUAAUAGUAAACCCGGUCAGUUUCAAAUAAAUAGCGUGCGUUCAAACACGACUAUAAUACUGUUACCGUAUGGUCACACUAUAGGCUUUAAUGAGCGUUCGAAUUAAUUUUACAACAAUAUUAUUAUCAACAAAUGUCAACUAAUAACAUUAAUUAGUUGGGUACCUGUUGCCACAUGCCAUAUAUAUAUAUAUAGAGAGAGAGAGACUAUAGAGUCACGCGUAUAGAACAAGAUUAAUGAUUAUACAUACAUUUAUAACACUGCAGGAUAGUAAAUAUCUUCGGACUAGAAAUUGCGUUAUCAAAAUUACGACGCGAUAACAUGAUUACGAAUGGCCUACGCUAGGAAAUGCGAAUAAUGUAAUGGCUUCGAAAUGUUUAUACGGGUAGCACGGGGGAAAAUUGUUUAUUAGGUAUCUAUGUGCAUGAACACGUUGGAUCGUGUUGGAUAAUAACAUGUAGUGCUGGACUUGGAAAAAUAAAAGAAGAUGUGCUGAAAAAAUAGCGUCCCUUGGAAUUAUUGAAUUAUACAUAUGAAAUAGAUAUAGAUAUAAAAUGAUAUAAUUAUAUAAUUAUAUGAUCACAGUUAUUUAUUAGACAUUUGAAAAUGUAGAGUUCUUUAAGCUUUUAUUUGUUUUGAUGAGUUUAAAAUUGUUUUUAAUUCGAAUGUUUGUGUCGAAUUUGCGAUAAGUAGUCAAAAAAAUAAGUUGUAAGUUAGUAGUAACAGUAGUCUUUCUUUCUUUUUUUUUCUUAUAGAUAUAUAAAACGUUUAACGUUUAAAUUUUAAUGGAAGUGCAUACAAAUAUGUACUCCGUCACAAAAUAAACAGAGUCAUGGUAAUAUUUUUGAAAAAUUAAUUUGAAGUACCGAGUACCUCCGGGUCUACCCCUCAGCCCUUCUUCCCCCAAUUCGAGCACUGAUUAUAAUGCGAUAUUGUCUGACGCGAUCCAAAUAUUUUGACAACGCGUUCCGCCAACGGAUUCGGCCCCGUCUCUCGGUCGAGUUUCGGAACGCAAAGUUAUUUAAUAAAUAAUUCUCUUCGUCGUCGUCGACCAGAUAAUAUUUAUUUUAUCGGGGAACGGUUUCAAAAUGAAAUACCGUAGGAAGAGCGAGAUAGAGGCGGGAAAAAAAGACAAAUCCACUUUACAUUCGACGGGCGAGAACGACGACGACGACGCGGCUAUGGGACCCGCGCACACGAGGAGGGGGGAGGGGAAAUUGCGCAAUCAAACGAGCACACGUGUUUUUUUUUUUCCCGGAGAAUGCGGCUAGGCAGUGGCUCUCCGAGGGGCCGAAAUAGUAUUAUAAUAAUAAUAUUUCGUCGUCGUACGUUAAAACGUCUCAACUCCCGGCGGGCACUGAUAUUUUAGUCGUCGUGUGGUAUUUUUUUUUUUUUUCCCCAUACCACCGCCGCACAAUAUAUUACUAUAACACUACUAAUAAUAACAUAUAUUCGUUUUUUUUUUUUUUUAAUUACUCCCUCAUUUCUGUAAUAUGCGCGCGUUAGCAGCGUGCACUUAUAACGAAACCGUAUAUCGUAUACGCGGUAUAAUAUAAUGGAGAAUAUUGCAGCUAGAGAAGCGAUAUGCAGCAGGGAUGCGACGACGGAACACGACGUUUUCAUCGGUUUACCGUUAUUCAACAUAAUCGCGAUCCUCGUAUACAUUAUCGCUAAACAUUCUUGUCGUAAUCGAAAUUCGAUUAAUCCGUUAACAAUAUAUUAUAUUGUAUUAUUACACAUUAACCGACGGGAUAUCGUUUAACGAAAACGCGCGAUUUUGCGAGUUGAUUAAAGCGCGUUCUGUUCGAAUUACGAAAACACAAAAAACGCCCGUUAUCCGCAGAAUCUAAACAACGAACUAAGGAAAUCGACCGUUACUAGGCUACAUUGCAGUGUGCGACGAAGGAUCCAAAAACUACUUGUGUAGGUACAAAACGGUGGAGUGCUCGGGGAUUUUCAACGCGAUGGGAAAUAGUAUAAAUGUUAAUCGCAUAAAUCCGACGAUCCGUAGAAUCUUCUUUUUUUACCGAACUAUAGGCGACGAAAAUUUAAAAGCCGGUUCCGAAAAAACAUUUUUUCAAUCGAUAAAUCAAUAUAGUAAAAAAAAUAUAUAAAUAAAAAAAAAAAUGUAUGUAUAAAAAUAAAAAAUAAAUAAAUGAAUAAAUGCGUUGCCUGGAGUAUUAUGAUAAGUGUAUUAUACGACCGGUUUCGAGUUAAAAAUUCAUCAUCAGGUUUAUAUCACAGUCAAAAUGUAAAACGCGGCUGAAUAUGAAAAAUUAAAAGAAGGAAUACAUAGAAAAUAAUUAUACAAAUUAGUCGUUUUACAUGGAAAUAAUUUAUUUUAAUAGAAGAGAUUGUUUAAAAUGGGCAAAUAAAUCAAGCUUUUCUUUCCGACUUGACUGAAAUAUAUGCAUUUAAAAAUUAAAGUAGUUUUCCAAGUAAAUAUACUCAUAUACGCGUGGUUGGACAUUAUCCCUUAGCUCUAUCUAUUUCAGGGUAUAUAUUGGUCAAAAACGUCAUAUUUGUUCGCAGCAACGGCCAUUCCCCCUUAAAUGGCCAUCAGGCCUAUAUUAAAGUGGCCACUGAAUAGUACGAAAUAUCGGAGGAAUUUUUGACGGACCGCUUCCAACCCCCUCGAGGCCUCGAGGCCCCGCGAUACGUUUAAGUGCGUAAAUAUUGACGAAUAUAUUAUUAUAGUAAUAUAAUAUUAUACAGAAUGAUUACUUCAUCUCAAAUCCAAAGCGAAUUUAUCUAUUGGAAAAUGUCGAGAAUAUACAUUUGUUUCCCCUCCGGUGGUCGAGGACAAUAUGUACACAGAAUUGUUUAAACUAUCUUGUAUAUUUUUUGCUUUUUUUUUUCAAAUAUUCCUUAUAAUAUUUUAACCGUAACAUUUUACCGUCAACUGUAUGUAUAUUGAUUUUCAUAUAAUGCAUCAAAGAUCAUGUAUCGACGGUUUUGCCACUGUUUUUAUUGUUUCACCCGAAACAGAAUUUUCUAUUAACCCGAAAUUCUUUUCGGUUAUUACCGCAAUUAUAUUAUAUUGUCGACGGAACGUUUCUCGCUCCCCCGUGACGUCAACGCGCGUCGUUCUCGACAUUAUAAUAAUACGAACACGUGUUUUUCGUCGACAUUGUAUACGUAAUAACUGACACAAUUAUAUAGGAUUCGAUUUCUGCGGUUUUUUGUUUUUGUUCAGUCGUUGUGGAACGAGUUUAUUUCAACACUAUUCGUAAAAUUGGGCACAGCCUUUUCCGCUAAACACAAAAAUGAUACGAUUCCCGUUUCCGUCGAAAUCUAUUUCGUAAAGAGAUGUUUCCGCCAAAUAUCGUUUGGGAACCAUGCACUUGCUUGAAGCAAAACUUUAUAGUAGAUUAAUAAUAUAGUUAACACGUCAAUAGUUGAAAAAAAUCACAUAACUUAACGAAACCGUUUUAAUAAAACUAGUUUCAUUCGAUUUCUUUUUUUUUUAAUUGCUUUUUCGGUAGUUUUUAAUCUGUUUAAUAUUUGUUUGCUCUUUGUAAUGUUUGUUUAUAUUACUAUUGGAUUAUAUCGAAAUGUUACCAUAUUGUAACCAUUUGGUCCCAAUAUUGGGAAUCGCCCGCGAAAUUUCGCCCUUAAAACUUUUUUUUUGUUAUGCUUUAAACGGAUAAUAAUUUCGCGCGACCGACCCCGGGCUGCGUAUUGAAUCAAAUCGACAAAAAGCGACAAGGUACCUAUGUAGGUAAGUAGGAUAAAAAAUUCCGUACAUUUUCCCCGCGCCAGAGUUUAUGUACGACGGUUUCCUCUCGGAUUUCGGAAACGCACACGGAACGACGAUGCCGUUGCGUUUUUGAACGGCCGGCGUUAGACAAUCCGUUUAUCUCGGAACGUAUUUUUUACCGCCGGACGUUAAUGAAAUAUUUUUACUGUUACGCCAUUCGGGUACAUAAAGAGAGUAAGAGGUAUUCGCCUGCCGUCCCCCGGCGCUCACGGUUGACUGUUUAAUAUACAAAUGACUUAUUUAAGAUAUUCGUACGGACGGCUGCGGGGUCUCGUCGUAGUCGCCGGACGAACGUUUUUUUUUUUUUUGUUUUUUGUUUUUAUACAUUACGGGCAGAGUCUGGGUUUUUUUUUACACAUUUUACAAUUCAAUUCGGCCGGACGAUAAUGCCGCUUCCCCCCCCCCCGCAUAUUAGGCCCGUCGUCGUCCGGCGAGCGAGUUCGGUGGAGAUACCUCGCGUCCAAAAACGCAUUCCGAAAUAACAUCAUGUUUAAAAUUUGAUUGUCCCCGGCCAUUAUUAUUAUAAUAAUAAUUAGGCGCUAUAUAGGUAGAUAUUUUUUUAUAUAUAUAUAUGUACACCCGACCGUGUAUUAUGUUCGAACGAACCGUUAAAAAAGUCAUCGGAAUCGUUUAUGCUGCGGGCACAUUAAAAACCUGUACCUACUUGAUUUUUUUUUUUUUAUUAUUAUUCGAUUUUAUAUACACGCAUAAUAGUUUAAUAUGCUGUAUAUUAUUUUCGUAUUUCGUCCCGACGUUCGAUAUAAUUGAUGUCGAGUUUUAGUAUCAUUACUAUUUGUUAUUACUGUGGUGUUGACGGGAUAAAAAUUGCAUACGUGCUAUAAAAGUGAAAAAAAAAAAAAUACAAAAUUUAUAUUUUGAAAAUCCGCUAAGUCCGCGAUCGCGUGCGCUGUAGCAUUUCAGGAACCGUGGGAUUGUCGAGAUUAUGAUAUUAUUUUCAUCUCGUCUGUUUUUAAUCGUCGUCGUCCGCGCGCGCAAUCAAGGUCGACAAUAAUAAUAUAAUUAUCUCUUUUUUUUCUCUCUCUCUCUCUCUCUCUCUCUCUCUCUCUGUCGAUCGGCUAUUUUUACGACGCGGGUAAUAAUAUCGUUUUUAACGACGCGCUCGGGUCGAUAUAUUAUUAUUUUAGUACUCGCGAUAUUAUUACGGUAUUAUUACAGCCGGUGCCGUCGUUAAUUUGUCGUUCGAGUCCCCUCGCGUUAUCACCGUUAUCAUUAUUAUAUUGUUAUUGUUAUCUCCGUGCCCCGUUCUACUGGUUAUUAAAACGUGUACUACGGACGCCCACCUGCCUGGUUUGAAAACUGGGUCGGCCGCGGAGAAACUAUUCUGGAGGGUUUUUUGUUUUGUCAGCCGCGUUCUGUACCCUCAAUGACGACAACGGCGGUAAGAGGGGUAGAGAAAUAUUCUACACAAAAUCGAUCGUCGACAAUUUUUUACUAUUAUUAUUAUUGUUAUUAUCUUCAGCCUCGAACGACGUUUGCAGUUAGCAGUUUUCCGCUUCUAUAUACAGUGGCGUUAGAUCCUUUGAAACUUUAUUGCUGUUUACGUCUGUCGUCGGCCUCUUUUCGCUCGGUUUACAAUAUUCGGCAAUUUUUUUGCGACGUGACCUACAGCCAACUCUGUACAUCGACUAUAAACACCCCAAUUACGUGUUUGGCUCUCCAUAGGCGUUAUAAAUUGUCUUCGUGUGACCUUGUCUCAUAUACAUUUGCGUUAAAUUAUUCAUUCUGUCAAUCUACGUGCAGUUUUCCUUAGAAACGUUCUAUAUCUAUUACCGUGAAUUUUCUCUUGUCUUGUUUUUAUAUGUACUUAUUUUUUAAUAACCUAUUAAUAAUAAUUUUUUUUUUUUUUUGCAGGUAAGAAUUUUCAAAGAAAAUAUAACUGUAAUAAUUGUCUAUAUUCUUCAUUGAAAAUAAAGGUAAAUCUCAAAAAAAAAUAAAUAAUAAUAAUUAAAAGAGCCAUAAUACUACUGACGGGUAUACUAUACUGUUGUAGGUGGAAAAUGUAGGAUUACAUAAAGUUAUUCAAUUUAUGUUAGCUAUGAUAAACCAUUGGUAACGAAAAUCGAUUUUGAAUGAAGUUCGAUUAUACACUGUGUUUUUCAAUGAAAAAAAAAAAUCUUUGUGAAAUUAUAAAUUCUGGUUUAUGUAUGGUAAAGUUGAGUAUCAGUAGAGUCAAAAAAUGAUUUUGUCAUUGAAGUAGAGGGGAGGCAAGGCUGAUUUUUAAAAAACAAUAAUCGUUAUUUACGUUUUUUUUUUUUUUUAUAGGAAAUAAUAGGUGAACUAAUUUAAUUUAUCAUAUUGAAAUUUGAAAGGGAAAAUGUCAUAGAGGGGAUAUAAUCCCCUCAUCUUCCCUCCUCUGAGAUUGGCAUGCAGUUAUCAUAACUAUUAUUAAAUUUAUUAUUUUACCGUAGAAAAAUGAUGUUGCGCGGGGUUGUUUUUUUUUUAUGUAUAAAACGAUUAUUGCUUUUUUUUUUUUAUGUACACAACAGCGAACAAUAAUAUUGUAUAAUCCUUUCCGAAAACGGUCAUCGAAAAAUCGAGUUUUCACAUUCACUACUAUACUCGUAUAUAUAUGUAUAGAACUCGUAUAUAAUACAAAACUCAUAUAAAUAAUACUGACAGAGUAAUUGCCGUGUAAUGGUUGUAACGUACAAACGUUUUUUUUUUUCGCGGGGUUGUUUUUUUUUUAUGUAUAAAACGAUUUUUGUUUUUUUUUUUUUUUUUUUUUGUUUUUUAUAAAGCCUGCAAAAGUGCGAUUUGUCAACUGUCAUUGUUUAUUAUUAUUUCGACCGGCCUACGAAAAACAAAACAAAACGAUACAAAAAAAUAAACGUGAAUUAUAAUACAUAUAUAUAUAUCGCGAAAAAAUAUUCUUUUGUUAAUACCUGGGAUUAUACAAUAAAAAAAAAAAAAAAAAAAAACUGAUAUUGCUGAUGGGUAUGCUACGCUGCAGUUAUGUAGGUAGGAAGUCGGGAAGGUAUAUAGUAUUAUAAUAAUUUGUAGAGUAAUUUAAUUUACGAAUAUCAUAACAAUAACGAUAAAUCAUUGAUGGCAGAAAAUGAUUCUGAGUGAAGUUCGAUUAAACGUGUUUUUUUUUUUUUGAAAUACCACGAUUUAUAUACGGUUUUCAUUAAAAUUUAGACUCAACGUUUAUAUAUAUAUAUAAAAAAAAAAAAAUUAUUAGGUACAUCACGCUUGACUUUUUAUUCGCCUCUUUGAAUAUAAAUUAUGAUGAAUUUCGUGUUAAAUUUCCGAACGUUUUCCCUGGGUAAAAUCAAUUGCAUGAAAAUGUCAAACACAUAGCUAUAUAAACAGCUCAAAAAUCACUAGAAUAAUUUGAAAAUUGUACCACGUAUAAAAACGGCCAGUUUAAGUGGUUUUAUUUUUUUAUAUAUAUAUAUUUAUGUCCGGUCCUUUGGAUUAUUUCUCACCGAAUUACAACCAAAAGCCAAAAAUCGAAUAUAACAGAGUCUGUUACUGCGUACGUUUUCCAUUAUAUUCUCCAAUAAAAUAUUAACAAGGAAAAUCGCAAAAUGACUGGCUCAAUAAUGCACUGUACGGCGCAUUUCUACCGAAAAUCGCCCCUUACAGUUGACGGUCGAAGCGGAUUUUCUGGUAGAAAAUCUGUUUACAGACAGAAAACAAACACACAUCAUUGUAAAACCGCGAUAAUACAUUCCUCACAAUACACGCUCGAAAUCUAAAAACGAAUUUAAUAGAUGUGUUUGAAAAAUAAAAUAAAGAGAGAGACACGUACGCGCAUAAUACCGAUUUGUAAAUCGGCAAACUGUUGUUCAUUUCGGAUAAUACGACGGAUAACAAUUUCGGCCCCUGAGGAAUAAUACAAUAAUCGUCGCGACAAAGAUUUAUGUACGUUUCGUACCAGCGAGUAGUGUUGCAAUAUAGACAUUUGUAAGCCACGGGUAAUUGAUUUUUCUUUCCUUUACGAAUAAAGCGUCGGAUAAUGCGAAAAUCGUUUUGUGACGUUAAAAAAAAAAAAAAAAAUGUACAGAAAUAUACCCGCGAUUUGUGCGUGAAAUCGACGUGCACAAACACUAGAAACUCGCGAGGUGUAUUUACAAAUGUUAUGUUACGUAUUUUCAAUUAAUUUGAAUUAGUUGGGUUUGCACGUGGAUAACAUUGUGUAAACCGGGCCAUAGUCAGUUAUCGUCGAAUAACGCACCGCGAAUAUAAAGGGCCCGCGAUUUAUGCGCAAAAGGGUGCGUCACGGUCGAUUUCAAUAUUUUAGAUUCUGAGCCAACCGAAAAACAUUUUGGUUUUACAAUGGUGUUUAUUUCCAUAUUUUUGUUUUAUCUACGAACAACUUUUCUACCAGAGAUCUUACUCCGAUCUUCGAGUGGUAGUACUUUUUCCGAAAGGAAAUUCUAUCUGGGUUGUAUUUCUAGCCUUAAGGAGGCAACUUUUUUUUUGGAUUUUCCAAGCGGUUUUCAUAAUAAUUGGGAAAAAACGGGAAAAUGUACGUACGCGUGUAUUAAAGAAACUUCGCUCCGAAUAGUUUUUCGUUAGCGAUGGUUCGUAUCAGUUACGUACAGAUAUAAAUUGAAUUGAACACUCUGUUUCCCGCCUUCCUAAUUUUUCGCCUACAACAGCAGUCGGCCCACCCGUCGUGCGAAGUAUAUGCCCGUCUUUUUUGUUAUUAUUAAAAAAAAUUACCGUUUUAUUGUAACCGAGAUAUUCUAAACGCAUUUGUAUAGGUUCGAAAAUCGGGUUCGGUGCCCGUACCCGAACCCGUGCUCUUUUCACCGUGUACAUAAGUACACUGUGAGUAUUACGAAUUGACUACUGCUGAACUUUUAUUCGCGGGUUUUUUUUUUUUCUUUCCUUUCAACGACGACAAUAACCGAACGAACGGCUCGGGUUAAGAACCGUAUAAAUGGUACUCCGGACCAUUUAGUUUACGGCUUUUACGGCCCCCGUCCGUUUUGUCAUCAUUAUAUCGGUUGGGUAUGUACCUACAUAGGUUUUUAAAAAGUCACGAGGGGGCUCACCAUUUUAGAUACUCGUAUACAGGCGUCCCACACUCUUGCCGUAUAUUCUUUAUAUUCUGUAGUCCCCGAACCCCCCCCCCACUCUCACCCCUCCCAUACGCGGCGCCCCUACAGCGGGUUGGGUGCAUUCGUGUUCGAAAUUUAAGGCCUAACAACGUUGGACCUCGCGUUUCGGGUGGCCGACCGUAUCACGAUUCAGAGCGCGUAUAAUAACAGUAAUUAUAAUAAUGUACACGGUGCACCGUGACGGGGCGGGGGGAGGAGGGGAGGGAUGGGUGGCGAUAUAUCGUUUCACAAGUUAUAACUGCCGCCGCUGUAUUAUAUAACCCGAGUGCCUACACAUAAUAAUAAUAAUAAUAAUAAUAAUAAUAUACACCCGGACAGAUCGACAUCCGGCAAAUGUUUCGAAAACCAUUAUCUCGUCGUCGUCGUCGUCGUCGUCAUCGGCGCUGCCGUAUAGCCGCGCUGGAACCGCGCGCGACACGAAUACCGUCGAGCGAGCGAGCGAGCGCGCGCGUGUGAAAGGACGUGGUAGGGUUUUUGAGAAUACAUUACUGCGCGGCGGCGGCCGUUCGAUUUAG